UUUCGAUCAUCUAAUCCUAGGUAGGUCAAUGGUUAUAACCUGUACUUCUGCGAAUAGUUGAGCAGUUUUAUUAAAUUAAAAUAUUAUUUUUGAAAAAAUUAUGCCAAUACGAUUAUUAUCCAGAACUAUCAGAUUGAUAAACAUUAAUAAUAAUGGGAUAAUUAUUAACAACAGAGUGUUAAGAACAUUACUAUGUGGUUGCCAAUCGAGUUAUUCAUCAAAACCAACAAAUCAAACAAUCAAAGUAGUCGAUCCAGUGACUGGAGAGGAAAAAAAGAAGAAAACGGUUAUCAUUCCUAAAAUUACUUUAAUAAGUGGAGAUCAGUUAACUGUAUCGACUUUAGAAGAAGCUCAAAAGAUUUCAAAACGUAGAGAUUUAAAAUUAGUUAAAAUUGUAGACCUUGAUACAAAAACUCAAAGACCUGUUUAUAAAUUGAUGACUGGAAAUGAAUAUCAUGCAGAAGACCUGAAGCAAAGAGAUCUAAAGAAAAAAGAAAAACAGAAAGGUAAUAUAAAAGGGGAAAAAGUCCUUAUAAUUAGUCACAACAUAACAGAACAUGAUUUACAAACGGAUAUCAGAAAAAUUUCCAAGUGGAUUACUAAAUCAUAUGAGGUUCGGGUGGUUAUUAACGGAGAUAGUAGCAAUAUAGACAAGGCUGAACAUGUAUACAAUUACUUAGAAAGUGCCUUAAGAACCGAGGCAAGAUUCUUACAGAAGAGGCAAAAAGGAUCAGAUAUAAAAUUUCAAAUAUAUCCCCCAAAAAAGGAAAAAACUGAUGGUGGGGAAAAAAUCUUAUGACUAGAUAAUGUUAAAAUGAUGUUUAUUAUUGUUACAUUUCUAACUGUAAAAUACUUAUUGUACUACAAUUUUUACAAGAAACGUCAUUCUAAAUGAUUAUCUGCAUUUAUACUAAACCAGGCAAACAAAUUAAAUAACAUUCAAACUCAAACCAAUAUUCGACAUAAAAAAUUAGGUACAUAUUAUUUAUUACAAAAAUAAUAAUAUUUAAUACAAACGAAUGGCCAGAAUAAGUAUCAAAUGUAUAAAACGAACAAAGUUUAUGUAAAUAAGCACAUACCGUUUUUUAUAUGAUGAUUUCUGGGCUUACAAAAAAAAAUUGUUAUGAAAAAAUUUUGAAUGUAGUUAAUUCCUGAA